ACUAAGAAAAGACAGGUGUGUCUAGGCCCGUAAAAGUUACAAACAGCGCUUAUUCCGAUUUUACGUUUGAACCGGAUCGUCGAAAGUGCUUGCAUUUAAUUAAGAUGUAUUGAAAGAAUACUACCAGUUUGCUAUAUAGGAAUAAUAGUUUGUGAUUCAUUACAAGUUAUAUUUCUGUUGUGUGCCCCAGAACAAAACGUCUAGUUUAUUUGUGUUGUGUUAAUUAUAAUGAUAUCUGAUCGAGGGUAAUGUCUAUAAAUUGUCGUAUAGCGUUUUUUAAAUGCAGUUUAGACUAUGGCAAAGUGGCUGAAAGCCUGGCGUCAUCUAUAUAUAAUCCCAGUGUUGUUAUAUAUAAUUCCACAUAUUGCAGCUCUUCAAGAUAAUCGUUGCUUUUUGGAAAAUGGAGCGUCAUCGGAGACUUUUUUCGUGUCCGAAGAUUUGCCGGUGGGAGAAAUAAUUGGACGCGUUAGAGUUGUUGGGGACCCUGGAGCACAUUUGGGUACUAUCGCUUUACGUCUUAAAGAGCCAGAUAGUCCUGUAGCUAUUGCACAAAAUUCGAAAAACUUGACGCUCACUCGUCCUCUAGAUAAAGAGGGAGUUAGUGGACCGUCGUCGGUUUUUGUAAACUUGAUUUGUGAACGGCUAGGAACACUGGAUCCUGGCUUUGUCAUACCCAUUAAUAUUAGGGUCACUGAUGCCAAUGAUAAUUCUCCCGUUUUCAUUAAUGCUCCCUAUAUAUUGAAUAUAUCAGAAGUGACAGUGAUCGGAACCAGAGUUCUACAAGGUGUUCAUGCCGUUGAUAACGAUCAACAGGGUCCCUUCUCCAGUGUAAAAUAUUCAGUUCUUAAAGGACCGUAUUCCGAUUAUUUCGAAUUUGAGAACGAAUUAGAAGGAACGCUAGUUUUGAAGAAACCUUUGGAUUAUGAAACCUUAAAAAUGUUUGAUGUCCAGAUCAGAGCACAAGAUCAUGGUGAUCCACCAAAAACUGCAGAUACAACUUUAACAGUUCAUGUUAUAGAUGCUGAUGACCAAAAUCCAAGGUUUUUAGACGACAGAUACACAGCAGAAGUACCGGAACCCCCAAUAAAAGGUUCAUCAUUAAUUAUUAAGCCAAGAGACAUUCGAGCAUUCGAUCGAGACGAGGGUAUUGGAGCACCGAUAUAUUACACAUGGAAUAAUGUUGAAAGAGAAUAUGCGUUUUUUCGCUUAGAUCGACAAACUGGCAGAGUUUACUUGAACAAAAAUUUAAAUGAAGGUGAUAUUGAAAGUCCAGCAAUCUUAGUCAUCAGAGCUACCCAGGAAGACAAUCCCGACAGGUAUGCCUUGGCGACUUUAACAGUAAAUCGCCAUCAUUCAUCAAAAGGCAUAAAAUUUAUACAUCCAAUAUUUAAUUUUCGUGUGUCCGAAUCUGCGAUGCCUGGAACAUUGAUCGCCACACUUUCCAACAAUAAACCUGGACAUCAUUUGAAAUAUUUCGUGUCCGACCAAAAUAUUUUGAAGACUUUUGCUCUUAAUACUUUGGGUGAAUUGACGCUUAAGGAAAAGCUUGAUUAUGAGACCAAACAAGAAUAUUUAUUCAAAGUUUUUGCAACUGAUGGAAAAACGAACGACUCUAGCGUAGUAAAUGUUACAGUGGAUAAUGUAAACGAAUGGGAACCCCGAUUUCGAUACAACCACUACGAAUUUGUUGUGGACGCAAAUGGAGGAGUUCACAAUUUAGUUGGAAAAGUAGAAGCUGCUGAUGGAGACCGAGGAGACCGUUUAACUUUAUCUCUCAGUGGCCCGGAUUCUCAUCUAUUUUUCAUUACCCCUAACGGCGAAAUUAGAUCAAGGGAUAUUAAAGGCUUACAAGAGAAGACAGCAUCCUUUACCGUUACAGCGACAGACAGUGGUACUCCACCAAAGAGAGCCAGUGUUCCUGUCACAGUUCAUUUUUCUACAGAUGGUGACUUAUCUAUAGAAAUGGACGCAGCUAAAUCAUUCCCUAGUGCUCCGGUCCUAUUAGCCAGUCUUGGUACUGUGCUAUUACUAUUGAGUUUUGUCGUAGCUCUCUUAGUAGCUUACAUUUGCAAAGUGAGACGGAACGAAUAUCAGAGCGCGCCUGAUACAAAGUCACAGCAAAAGCGAGAAGUAAGCAAUCCUGUAUUUGGAGGAGAAAAAACUCGUGAGGAUACAGUUGCUGCUUUGGAAGGCAUUUCUAGCGAAACAAAACCCAGAAUACCCAGCUCCAAAAUACAUCCAGCUCCCCAACCUCCACUUUGGCCGACAGCAACUUCGCGGGUUAAAAAAUUAAGUUGGGACGAUAAUAAGACUGAAACCGGCAGUACAGAAAAUCUAAAUGACUUAGAUUCUAUACCUAAGGUGUUAGAAAGUGGAAAUUUAACAGUGUAUUUCUGAUAUUUUUGUACAAAAUAAAAUAAUAUAAUUAAAAAUGG